GCUGCUUUUUAUUUCUUUCGCCCUUUACUCUGCUGCUUUUCUCCCCGCGCACAUUUUGUGUUAUUCCGCAACGCAAUUGGAAAACAUGAAGCUUUCUCGGUACUUUUUGCUAAACCUCGUUGGCUCUCUCUUGGCAGCGUUUAUAACGGUGAAAGCUUGCAAUGACAGUCAUCCAAAGACAAGUAAGGUCAAGUUAAUGCCUCACUUGGCUGAAUAAUAAACUACCGGUUUAGCGCUAAAAAGAUAAUUACAAAUGUACAUUUUACUGCCAAAACAUAAAGACCUAACAAUCACUGUCGAUGAACGUAUGGAAAGCUUUGACUGGGUGGUAACGUGCGAUCCAGUGGGUGGCGAUCAUCCACACCCAGAGAUUGUAUGCGCCGAGCUCGAGCAAUUGCAGGUUUCUUUGCAAGAAGCAUUUCAAGCAGAACCCCAAGGCGCCUGUGUCUUGAUAUACAUGCCGACGAACCUGACUAUCUUUGGGACAUUAAACGGUCACAUGACAGAGUUCAAGGAUGAAUAUUCGAAUUCCUGCAUCCUCAACCGUACAUUAACUGCUGCUGGACUGCCUGGUCUGGUUCCCUUUAACGAAGAUGGCACAUACAACACAGUGAAGCACUGAUGUUGAAUAAAAUUAAAAUCUUUCUUCUUUACCAAUAUACAGCAGUAACCAUGAAAUCAGCAAAAUCUGUCGUGUCUCUUAUUUUGCAUACCUUUUAGCUAGUAAAGUUAAGAAUAGUACUGCUGCUGUGCCAAGAAUUAUUUAUCAUGCGUUUUGAUAGGAGCGUGAGAAUAGAUUGACAGUGGCGACAACAGUUCUCGG